GACUCUGAAGCAGGAAGAUGCCCUGGUGCCAUCCAGACUGGGAGCAAUGAGGGAUUCUGGGAAAGAACAGUCCAGAACAUUCUGGAUGCAGAAGAUCUUGGAGGAGGCAGCAUGAACUGCCUCUUCCAAGGGGAUCAGGAUGUGGCCCCCACCCUCCCAAAUCCAGGCAUUUUUUGCCCUGAUGCCAUCCAGACUGGGAACAGUGAAGGAUUCUGGGAAGGAACCAUGCAGAACAUCCUAGGUGCAGAAGAUCUUGAAGGAGGCAGCAUUAGCUGCCUCUUCCAAGAGGAUCUGGUGUGUGCAAAAGGCCUAUGGCGAGGUGGGAAAUGCAAAGGCAGGAAAGUGAGGAGGGCUCUCCAGAAAGUCCCAAAUGAGGGGAGAGAUGUCCAGGCAGGGAGGCACUUCUGGGCUGAAGAACAGGAUGAGGAAAAGUGUAGGAUUCACCCCCAAAGAGGUGAACUCUCUGUCUGACCCCUCCAUACAGGGUUUCUAUUGCCACUUUUCUACAUCAGCAGCAAUGGAUCUUUUUCUCUUAGGUGGGGGAACUUCCCGCUACUUCCCCUCUAUGUCUUGGCUUUGGUCCAUUUCACGGAGAGAAACAUCACUCAUAACUAGCUGGAGACACAGAUAGAUAUUGAUUUUGGUGUUCUAUCCUGCUUCUCCUAAUAUUUGCUCAGAUGAUGACUUGUUAACUUUUGCAGGAUGCCAUCCCCACCCACCCCAAUCCAGACAUUUCUUGCCCUAAGAAAGAAGAAGAAAUGGAGGAAGAGGAAACUGAUCAUUCAAGUUCUGUUGGAGGCUGCUCUCCAAAGAUGGAAGAGGAGGACUCAGCUGGCCCUGAAGCAGGAAGAUGCCCUGAUGCCCCCCAGACUGGAAGCAGUGAGGGAUUCUGGGACAGAAAUGUGCAGAAAAUCCUGAGUGAAGACAACUUCAGCUCAGAUGUACGGUGCCAGCAUUUCAGGGAGUUCUGCUACCAGGAGGCUGAGGGGCCCCGAGAGGUUUGCAGCCGAAUCCUGGACUUUUGCAACAAUUGGUUGCAGCCAAAAAGACACACAAAAGCUCAGAUUGUGGACCUGGUAGUCCUGGAGCGCUUCCUGACCAUCCUGCCCCAAGAGAUGGAGAGCUGGGUCAGAGAACGUGGAGCAGAAACCAGUUCCCAGGCAGUGGCCCUGGCAGAAGGUUUCCUCCUGAACCAGGCAAAGAACAAGAAGCAGGAAGAGCAACAGGGACUAUUGGAAAAGGCUACUGAUUUCCUGGAGGCAGAGGAGGCUCCAUCAGACACCAAUGAAAAAACGUUGUUGAGGGGGAUCACACAGGAAGGCGACGGAGGGACCAUCGCGCUGGACAGUGAGCUGCCUCCUCCUGAGCCUUCGUCUCUUUGUGGUGGAGCAGAAAAGAUGGCUGUGCAGUCAGAUCAGAGUCCAGUGACCUGGGACGAGGUGGUUGCCUGUUUCACAAAGGAUUUGUGGGCUCUGGAUCCUGCCCAAAGGGCUCUACAGAUGGAAGCCAUGCUGGAUAGGGCGAAUGUGGGCACUCUGUCAGGUGGUGGAAAGGAGAGCAAGAAAAAGGGUGAAAAGCAAAGAAAGAAAACUGGAGCUAAACAGAAUCGGGGGAAGAAAUCUAUUGAUUCUGAAGGGGCCAGCAUGCAUGAAUGUGCAGAAACACUAACUAGUCAAAAAAGGCUUGAGACAUAUCACAGACUCUGCACAAGUGAGGCCCCAUUUAUAUGCCCAGAGUGUGGAAAGAACUUUCCUGGCAGGAAAAACCUUUUAACACACUUCAGAACGUAUGUACCAGCAGUCCCAUAUAAAUGCUCUGAGUGUGGAAUGAGCUUCAAGCUGAAGAAGAAAUUUCUCAAACAUCAAAGUUUCCACACAAGAGAAAAACCAUAUGACUGCUUGGAGUCUGAAGAUCUUUCCAGUCAGAACACAACCCUUACAGGACCUGAUCCAACCCGCACAGCAGAAACGCAAAAUCAAAGCUCAGAGCUCACUUUCCGCCCUGAAUUUACUAACCAUGAGAGAAACGACACAGAGGGGGGCCUGUAUAUAUGCUCAGAAUGUGGUAAGGGCUUAAUCUCUGCCAAAUUCCUUAUUCAACAUCAAAAAACUCAUACAGGAGAGACACGGUGUAAAUGCCCAGUGUGUGGAAAAAGAUGUGGAAACAACACAGCUUUGACAAAACAUUACAGAAUGCACAGAGGCAAAAAGCCAUAUACAUGCUCUGAGUGUGGUAUGAGCUUCUAUCAGAAGAUAAAACUUACUAGACAUCAAAGAAUUCACACAAGAAAUGCAGUCUAAGUGCUCAGAGUGUGGAAAGAGCUUUAGUGUCAUUAGACCUCAAGACAUAAGGGGGAGAAACCAUAUAUAUGCUUAGAGUGUGGAGAGGUGUUCAGUUGGAGUACAGCCCUUGCAAGACAUUUCGGCUGGAGGGGCCAAUAGAAAGAGCCAGUGGGGGGAGGGGGAACCUCCGCAGAAACUCCCCGCUUCCGCCUCCAGGAACUCCCUGAGGGGGAUAAGGUUGGUUUUUUUUUUUUUUUUAAAGGUCCGCGAACCCCCCUGGACCAAACUGAGCUGGGGGGGGGGUGCUUGAGGGGGUGCCAGCACUGGCCUGGUCAGGUUCGAGUCCGGUCUGGACUCGAACCAAACCAGGCCAGCUGGUUCCAUGCACAUCCCUAUAAGAGAGCUGGUCUUGUGGUAGCAAGCAUGACUUAUCCCCUUAGCUAAGCAGGGUCUGCCCUGGUUGCAUAUGAAUGGGAGACUUGAUGUGUGAGCACUGCAAGAUAUUCCCCUCAGGGGAUGGAGCCGCUCUGGGAAGAGCAGAAGGUUUCAAGUUCCCUCUCUGGCUUCUCCAAGACCGGGCUGAGAGAGAUUCCUGCCUGCAAACUUGGAGAAGCCGCUGCCAGUCUGUGAAGACAAUGAGCUGGGUCUCAUGAUCAGUGUGCCCUGGUUCGUAAGAGAGAGAGCGGGCUAAGCCCUCUCUCCCCUCUCAUGAUCAGAGCGGGAGCCCUGGGCGGCUGGAUGGGCCGCCCACAUGAUUGCCGGCUCUGUGACGGAGCUGGUGGGGACUGGGGAGCUUGGGAACUGCGUGGCCCCUGAAAGCUCCAGUAUGCCCUGUGCAAGUUCGCAGGGCAUCCUGGGGAGACCCCUGGAGCCGGGAGGUGGCUUUUCGCCUCCCCUCCAAAGGUCUACUUGUGAGUAACUGCGGCGCAGAGCCACACCGCGGCUACUCACGAUCUUUAAAACCAGGUUUGCGGAGCACUUGCUCUGCAAACCUGGUUUUAGGGCAGGGGUAGUUAAGCGGGUUACCCUCCUAGGAACCACCGGGCUCGCAGCUAGCCUCCGCUAGCCCGAUUUCGCCCCAUCGUGUGAAUAGCCUCAAUACCUAAAUAGGUAGGCCCCUGAUUGAGGAGACAAUAGCAUUUUUAAAAAAUAUGCCCUAUUGAACCAUGCAAAUUCAUCUGCUCUGAUGUGGAAGAUUUUUUUUUUUUAAAGAAAUUAAAAGGUUUCUCAGUACUGAUGUCUUUUUCUGCCCCAACACAGAAAUAUUGAAGGUUAUGAAUUGCUCCUAUAGUCUGUGGCUGGCAUAUGUAUUCUGGUUAGAGUGGUAUAUAAAUGUAAAAGUAAAUAAAACAAUAUUGAGCAACGAGGGGCUGGUUUAACAAGCAAAGUUACGCUAUUGCAAGAAGAUUGCUCAUUUGCACCAAGAAGUGGGACAUUGCGGAAUUUGUUUGUAUAUUUACAUUUGUCCUAAGACUCCAGUGCAGUGGACAAGUUAAAAACAAUCAUAAAAUUUCUGUUAAAAUAUCCAAUUGUUUUCUCUACUUUUAGGGUACUUCAUUUAAGUGCUAAAAUCCGAAUCUCCCCCUUUGUCUGUCUCUAACCAUUUUUAAUGAUUUUUAAAGGUUCUUUUAAUAAAGACUUUAAAUGUCA